AUGCCGGCGGACCGGGCGGUGUGGGAGCGCGUGCGGAGUCGGCUGCGUUCGUUCCCCGAGCGCCUGGCGGCUUGCGGGGCGGAGGCCGCGGCUUACGGCCGGUGCGUGCGGGCGUCCACGGCCCCGGGCGGCCGCCUCGGCAGGGACCUGUGCGCGCGCGAGUUCGAGGCCCUGAGGAGCUGCGUGGCGGCCGCGGCCAGCAGGACGCCGCCCGGAGGCCGCCCGCCGCUCCCCCGCGCAGCCGAGCGCGUGGACACCCGGACCCCGCCUCGACCCCUGCCGGGCGCCGCGUCCACUCGUGCAAAUAAAUGAUGGAAAGCUC